CUGACCGCGACCGCCGCCACCGACAACACUACCGUCUACCAGUUACCACCGCCGCAACCAUCGCCGCAGGUUCGUCUGUUAUUCUUUUUCGUUCGCCUAUUCUAUUUUUCCUGUUUUUUUAAAUUUUAUCAUAAUUUAAACUUUUGUCGUGUCUGAUCGUCCGACAUCGCAAGGCUCAACUGCUGACGAGUGGUACAUUAUUUAAACUGUUAACGUCGUCGUUUCGGGAAAUUCGCGUUCCCGAAAGAAUUAUAUCCCGUAAGUGGCAUUUAUUGUUUAAGAUUUACGUACAUCUAUAACCUAUUACCCAAAGUCAUUACGAGAUUUCGCGGUCCCGUUCGACUUUCGUCAACCCUCGUACUGCGAAACGUUCUGAUUUUCAUUUCACUCGCGUUUUCGUUCACCGAAUCCGUGUCUGCACUGGCCUCAUAAACGUCAUGAUCGUUUGUCGGGUUGUGUGUCUGUACUUUGUGACUAGAAUUUUUUUCCGUUUCAUUAUUCGUCGUCGGAUCUCUUGAUGUCCGCGACGCGCUCAUCCGACGACGUCAGUGUUCCUCGUCGGCUACUGAAGGAUCGUUUGUCGACCUGUGGUUAUACCAGUCCCAUGUGAAUAACAGACAUGGACGUUCCGAACAAUUUCAAGCCGUACCUCUGCAAGUUGGACGAUAACGAUUGUGUUUCACUCGUGAACAUAAUCAAGUCGUUCAAUACACCUGUCAGCGAGGAACAUGCAUGGGCCCUGUGCUAUCAGUGUGCCAAGUGUUUCAAGAAUGCCUUUGAACGUGAACCAAACAAGUGUCGAGUGGUCAAGAAUCUAGAAGAAGUCCGUAUCCACAAGGAUGGAUUCAUACACCCAAGCACCAUAUUGAACACUGAAGAAUUAGCUGAAUCUCUGGAAAAUAUUGAAAAACUUAGUAAUGAAAAUGAUAGUAAAACUAUACUUCAACAUCAUGUGAUUGCCAGUCUAGGAUAUAUUGUUUUCCAAGUACUAGAUUUUGGAAUUGAUGAAGAUGAAGAAAGGUCAUUAAAUCCUGAGUUGGAAUCAUUAAUAAAACGAAUGAUAGCUUCAUUUGAAUAUGGUUUACAUGCUCAAUCUAUGGACCAUGGGCAAUCAGGUGAAACUGAUGAUGAAGGAAUUGAAAGAGAUUCUGCCGAAUGUGAAGAAAUAUCACGAAAUAAUUUUGCUACUUUUGAUGAUGUGUUGGAGGAAUGCAGUAGACAUAUAGGUGUGUCAGGAUUGGGUUCUGAAACUCAUUAUAAAGCAGUAUGCAGGGCGUUAGUGGCAGAGGCUUUAGAGCUUUCGUCAUUUUUAGAUAAAUUAUCUGAUGGAACUGUCAGUUUAAGACACAGAAAUUCUACUUCAGCGGAAUUAAGUACAUUGGAUUACAGUGAUUGGCCCAACCGCAGAAAGUGGAGUAUUUUACAAGCACGAUUAUGGAUACAAUUAAUACGAGAAUUACGGCGUGGCGUGCAAUUAAAAAAAGUUGAUCAAAGAUCUCAUACUGGAGAUGAAUUUGUUGAAUAUGCAUUAACCCCUUAUGAAAUGUUAAUGGACGACAUAAGGUCCAGAAGAUAUACUUUAAAAAGAGUUACCCCUCCAGAAAUUCCUGCCAGAAUUCAAAGAGAUGCUCAUGAUGCAAUACUCGAAUUUAUUAGAUCAAGGCCGCCAUUAAAAAGCGCUGCUGCAAGAAAACUAGCUCCUCGUCAACAAGAUAAACUUUCACCAAGGGAACAUCUAUUGGAGUGUAUAAAAAGUGGAAAUGUCAAGUUGCGUUCUACUUCAUUAACCAAAAGUCCUUUCCGUAAUAUAAAAUCAUCAAGAUCAAUGUCGAGUCCUCCAAACCGUUCCAAUAAAUCAAAAAUUCACUAUGACGAUUCAUCUAUAAACAAUUCAGAAGAAGAAUAUAUGCCAAACCAAUCGAUAAAAAGUAUGCUUGAUCCAAGUAAAGAGCGCAAGCUUAUAAAAGUGGAUUUUUCUGCAUUAGCACGUUUAGUGAGUUCUGAUUCUGAAGACGAUUUUGAUGACGAUGAAGAAGAUAACAAAUUUAAGACUACUACUGAGGAAAAAACUGAAGAAUCCACAUAUUUGGGCGUGUCCACUCAAGAAGAAAAACAUGGACCUACAGAAACAAAAUUCAAUAAAAAUAUCCAUGCUAUAAGAAAACAGCAACGAAGGCAUACAAUUGCUGAUCAAUCAUCUCUGUCUUUUAUUAAACCAAUGGGUGGAUUAUGGAAGCAAUCUCGCAGACAAUCCAUGUACAAGAACACUUUACCUACUAGUGAUUGUUUGACCUUAACUCUGCAAGAGCUCAUACAUAUUCGUAGUGUGCUUACCAAAGCAGAGAUAGAAAGUUUACCAGUUGAAGGAAAUUUUAAAGAAGAUGUUGAAAAUCGAAAAGUUUGCUUCUUAUGUAUGAAAACCAGAUUUGGAAUUUUUGGACCUUGGGGACAGGAAUGCAAAAUGUGCCAGCGAACAGUUUGUUCAAAAUGUUGUACCAAAAUGCGUAUGCCAACUGAUCAUUUGUCCCAAAUCCCAGUUGUAGCACUCAGUCCAAAUGUAGCAAUAUCUGAACAAAAUCCUUGGUGGUCGAAGAGCAGUUGGGGCAGUGCUCCAUCUAGUCCUCAAAAAGCAACAGUUGGUUGUCCCAAUAACAGUAUGUCCGCAAGUUACCAUGGUUCAUCUACAGUCACACAAAACAUCACUCGCACCAAAUAUAGUGCACAAAUGGCCGUCUGCCUGGACUGUAAGACAAUGGUACUGCAAGAAAUCAAAACGUCUAGAGUGAAUCGCUCAAAUUUACUUCGCCAUUUAACACUUGACUUGUCAUCUGUUUAUUAGUCAAUUGCACGUUGAUAUGUAUUCCUUUCAUUGUCACUUAACAUUCCAUUGUUGAUUGCUAAAUAUUAUUUGAAAUUGUAGUAUUAAUUUACUUAGUGAAUAUUUACUAUAACUCAUGAUAAUUGUAUUGAACGCCUAAUUCAAUGACUAAAUGUCAUUUCUAUUUGAUAGUUGUAUUUAAUUAAUUGAAAUUAAAUUAAUAAACACCAUUGUAGCACAAAUGAAACAUAUAUUGUAUAAUUUUAAUUGUAUUGUAAAAAAAUAAUUGAUAAUGUAUAACUUAUAUAUUUUUGUCUUUUAGAAUUAGUAAUAAUUUUGUUUAUUGUUGCUAUUUAUAUUUUGAUAUUGCUACUGCAGUUGUCCUGAAAUCUCAGUAGAUUUGUCUCUGAUUGUUUAGAUAUUCAUCUUAAAUGUUAAUUACUGUAAUUGUAAAUGAAAAGAUCGAUGUUGAAAUUUAAAAUUUUAAACUUAUUAUGUAUUGCAAUAUAUUUUUUUGACAGUUGA